ACGACCACGACCACGACCACGACCGCGACCUCGCACCGCAGAACAGCGUCACUUCCGCCCCCAUCGGCCACGAACCCGAUGCCGCCUUUCUCGCGCGACAAUCCGAACAGCCUCAGUUCACGCUGCGCGCCUUAGUGGCGGGUACCCUCAUCGGUGUGUUGAUAGCCUUCUCCAACACGUACUUUGGUCUGCAGACAGGAUGGAUCUCGGGUAUGGCUAUGCCAAGUGCAUUAAUUGGGUUCGCGUACUUCAAGGGCCUGCGGACAAUGUCGAGAGCGGUUGGCGGCCGACUCGAGAGCCUCGGCCUGGGCAAGGACUUCAGCGAGGUAGAGAAUGUGCUCGUGCAGACGGUUGCAGGUUCAGUGGGCACUAUGCCGCUCGGCUGUGGAUUCGUGGGCGUGGUGCCUGCGCUGGAGUUUCUGCUGAAGCCAAGUGAGACUCCGCCGGGCGCUGUAUUCCACGCUGGUAUGCCGGAAAUUGAUGGCCUUGCCAGCGGUGGGAUUCAUUUGUCGCUCGCCAAGUUGAUUCUGUGGGCGCUAGGGCUGUGCUUCUUUGGUGUCGUGUUCGCCGUGCCUCUCCGCAAAGAGGUCAUUAUUCGUGAGAAGCUGAAGUUUCCCUCGGGAACUGCCACUGCGCUGAUGAUUGGUGUCCUGCAUGGUGGCGAGAAGACCGGCGUCGAGGGCGAGGUCGAAAGACAUGCCGAGACCCGUCGGAGAAGAUCGAAAAUGUCCAAUAGCACUGGCGAUGCAGAAGCUCAAGCUUUCAUCAGCGAUGCUGCUUCUCGGCCCAGCAUCGACAGUGAACCCCUGACACGAAAGGAUAGCAGAACCGAUGUACAGAAAAAGGAUUGGCAACAGCAGAUUCGACUGUUGACUACCUCCUUUGGCAUCUCUGGUGCAUAUACUUUCGCGUCCUAUUUCGUGCCCCAACUUCACUCUAUCCCUUUCCUGGGUCUUUACUUGUCUGAGAAGUGGGUGUGGAAUCUCAACCCGAGUCCAGCAUAUGUCGGCCAAGGCAUCAUUAUGGGUCCUGCGACCACUAUACACAUGCUGCUUGGGGCAGUCCUCGGCUGGGCCGUUCUCUCACCUGUAGCAAAGUCCAAAGGCUGGGCAUCUGGCCCAGUGGACGACUGGAACACCGGCUCAAAAGGCUGGAUCGUCUGGGUCAGUCUGGCGAUAAUGCUCGCAGACGCCAUCGUCUCCCUUGGCUGGCUCAUUCUCCGACCCACAAUCUGGUACGUUCGCACAUAUGGCUCCGAAUUGGUCCAAGGCAUCAAACAGAAGGGCCUUAAACGCCAACUCCACGACAUCACAACACCAAUCAUGCGAGGUUACAGUCCUGUCAACCUCUCCAACGAUCCCAAUGGUAGUUCUGCCAUAGACUAUGCUCAAGAACAAGAAUACGACGCCCCACCGGAACACCAAAUCGGCAUCAAAACCACCCUGAUUGGCUUGAUACUCGCCCUCGCGUUCUGUAUCUUCGCAGUCCAGUACUCUUUCGCCGGCAUCAUCUCCAUCGGUCUCACCAUCCUCGCUCUCCUUCUGGCCCUCGUCCUUUCCAUUAUGGGCGUCCGAGCUCUGGGAGAAACCGACCUGAACCCAGUUUCGGGUAUCUCGAAACUCACACAGCUAAUCUUUGCAGCUGUCGUCCCCUCGAACUCACCAAAUGCAGUAACCAUAAAUCUUAUAGCCGGUGGAAUCAGCGAAGCCGGCGCUCUCCAGGCUGGUGAUCUGUUACAGGAUCUCAAAUGCGGGCAUCUCCUAGGUGCAUCACCAAAGGCACAAUUCUGGGGCCAACUCAUUGGCUCGGGUGUAGGAGCUGUCGUAAGUGCGUGUAUUUAUCGCUUGUAUACGAGUGUCUACACCAUCCCCGGAGGACAAUUUCAAAUACCUACAGGAUAUGUCUGGAUCUUCACUGCACGCCUCGUGACAGGCUCUGGUCUGCCUCCGAGGACGUUUGAGUUUGCUGUUGGAGCUGCUGUUUUGUGGUCUCUACUCACCGCGUUGCGGAUUUACGGACAAGGUAAAAAGGCUUGGUGGACGAGUCUUGUGCCUGGUGGCAUUGCGGUUGCAGUGGGAAUGUACAAUACCCCGUCGUUUACGCUUGCAAGGACCAUUGGAGGGUUGAUGGCGUGGUGGUGGAGUGGGUGGAAAAAGAGAGAGGAGACGCCGCUGAUUGUGUUGGCUAGUGGGUUGAUCCUUGGGGAGGGAUUGUUGAGUAUCGUUAACUUGGGCUUGGCUAGUGGAAAGGUGCCCCAUUUAUAAGCCAAGUAAGAAGCUUUG